UGUGGGUGGAGCUUGUUAAGUUUGGGGACUAGCCGAGGCCUUAGAGGACUUCUCCCAAGAAAUUGGAGGCGCUCCCCCAAACAGAAAUGGUGGAGGCCUGGUACAUGGAUGACUCUGCGGAGGAUCAGAGGAAACCCCACAGAUGCGAGCCCGGGCGUCCAGUCAGCCUGGAUCAGCUGCAGCAGCUUGGCGUCUUUUACUGGAAGCUGGAUGCUAACAAGUAUGAGGAUGACCCAGAGCUAGAGAAGAUCCGAAAAGAAAAAAACUACUGCUGGAUGGAUAUAAUAACCAUUUGUAAAGACAAGCUGCCAAAUUAUGAAGAAAAGAUCAAGAUGUUUUAUGAAGAACAUUUACACCUUGAUGAUGAAAUUCGCUAUAUCCUGGAUGGAAGUGGAUACUUUGAUGUAAGAGAUAAAGAAGACAAGUGGAUCCGCAUCUUCAUGGAGAAAGGAGACAUGAUAACACUUCCCGCUGGGAUUUAUCAUCGCUUUACUCUGGAUGAAACAAACUAUGUUAAGGCGAUGAGGCUGUUUGUUGGAGAACCUGUCUGGACAGCAUAUAAUCGUCCGGCUGAUCAUUUUGAAAUUCGAGGACAGUAUUUGCAGUUUCUGACCCAAAGAGCAUAAUGGUGCUCCCUGGAGCCUUGACACACUACUUGGAAAUGGGCCAAACAUGAUGAUUAAGCAGAAUGUUAAUAGUUUCCCCUUUUCUUCCAUGUCAAGUACUUGAGUUUGAAUUCAAGUUCUUUCCUUUUCAGGAUUGUCUGAUUUAAGAAAGGAAAACAUGUAAUGAACUGAGAUUAUGGACAAAUCCUUGCUUUAAAAAAAAACAACUUUGUUUCUCUAAAUAUGAGGCAGGAAUUCUGGUUUGGGUUACGUGGAUUCAGAGAGUAAAAAAUAUAUCCCUGAAAGUAAUAGAGCAAAAUCCUUUUUUGGUAGUAUUUUUCAAAGUAAGAUAUUAAUCCCAUACCUAGCAUUGUAAAGAAUAGGUAUCUAUAUAUCAGGUAAGCAUUAGAAAUUGGUUCUAAUUAAUUGCUUAGUUAAUUAGAAAUCUCUUGAUUCUAACUCUGAACUUCUUGGAUGAAAGGUACUACUGGAUUCAUUGUUUCCCAAGUUAUUAGUAUUUCUAUGACAUGAGACUUUGCACAUCUACUGUUUGCCUACAUCUUGGAGAAUCAGAUCUUUUCAACAUUGUAAGAAAAUUUGCUUAGACUUUCCAGUGGAACUUAAUUGUUUUGUGAUACAGUUGUGCCUAAUUUGUUAAUUCUGUAGAAAAAUCAUCAUCAACCAGAAAUCAACAGUUCUUUGAACAAGCACCUUAUUUCUGAACAUUCAAAAUCUUUGGACAUCUAUCUUCAUCUUAAAAUUUUCAACAAGGCUAGUACUAACCAGGUCACAUUCCUGUCCUAGAGAUGAGAAAAAGUGAAAGAUCAAGUUAAAUUCUCUGUUCUUUAAAUGCUAAAGUGGGCUGCCAGCUGAUCAAAUGAUUCUCUUAUAUCCGAAGUACUCUCACUUGCCUAAGUCAUUGUUCCAUGUAAAUAAUCAAACAGAAAAUGCUUAACUACUUUUUUAAAUUAGUCUUUUGCAAAGCAAAACUUUGUAAUUAUUGUAGAAACUAAACAUUAAAGAGAAUAGAAAUUCA